UUAAAAAAAUGUUAACAAAAUUUAGACCUAAAUUGGUCUUUUUAUUACUCACUUUGUCUUAUUUAUUGGCUAACAAUAUUUCAUAUAGUCAGCAAUUUGAUAAUUCUGCUGAAAAAGAAACAAUGAGUCUUUUACCGAAAGGAAGCAAGGAAAUUGGAGAAAUUAAGGAAGAGAAAAAGGAUGAAGGCAAGACAUUUAAAUUUCUGCUACCAGAGAAUCCCGAGAUUACAACUUUUGGAAAUAUGCGUGACAACAUUUUAAAAUUAUUUGAGAAAAACAAAGAAAUAAAAUGUAAAAAAAUGCUCAUAAAUUGUCUAAAAAACGAACUGAAAAAAAUUAAAUUUGGGCACAUAAAUGCACAAAUAUUUGCAGAUUUUGAAGGAUAUUUAAGUAGACAAAAGGACGAAGAAAAGAAUAAAAAAUUAAAAACGGUCAAGAAAUCGGUUGCAAAUUUGGAAAAAUUUGAAUUUGUAACGUUUUUAAAAAUUAGAGAAAUGUGUGGGGAUUUGAAGAAUUAUUUUAGGGAACACAUUGAAAUUGCUAAAGAAAUUUGUUCUAUAGAGAAGUUUACUGAGAAAUUUGAUAAAAUGCUUAAAUCUGCUAAGACCACAUUUGUAAGCUUAUAA